AGCAGCAGCAGGCCCGUGUUUACUUGCUUUGUCAGCGGGGUCUGCUUCAAAGACAGCCCGUGCAUCUCACCGGCUGAUGAUACGAACCUUGGACCUUUAUCUGAGACUGCGUUAUCACAUCCACGGGACUCCUUAUCAGCUCUUUUUCGCUCUCUAGCAGCAUUUACAGGCCAGUCUCCUGUGGACUUUGAGCGGGGGCACGUAGGUCUCACAGGGUGCGUUAUCUACUGGGAGAAAAUGACGUUAAAAUCUAAUAAAAACGAUCCCACUGCGAUCCUGGAGCCGGUCAGCAGUGUCCGCACGGCACUCUCCGACUUGUACCUGGAGCAACUGCUUCAAAACAAACCAAAGUCUGACAAGGUUGAUAUGCAAGUGGAUGAAAACAAAGGAGCAGAGGUUUUUACAAACGGCAGUGCUGGACAUCUGAAUGGGAAAGAGAUGACUAAAAUGAGAGAAGUAGUGUUUGAAAAGAAUCCCUCAGAGCCACUGGGAGUCACACUGAAACUGAAUGACAAACAGAGGUGUACAGUGGCCAGAAUAUUACAUGGAGGCAUGAUCCACAGACAAGGGUCUUUGCAUGAAGGUGAUGAGAUAGCUGAAAUCAAUGGGAAAAGUGUGGCAAACCAUUCUGUAGAUUAUCUACAAAAAGUCCUGAGAGAAACAAAUGGAGCAGUCACCUUGAAGAUCAUUUCCAACCAGCAGAGUCGAUCUCGAAUCUGUGAGACUUACAUGAGGGCUCAGUUCGACUAUGACCCCUCCAAGGACGACCUCAUCCCUUGUAAAGAGGCGGGGCUAAAGUUUAGGACUGGUGACAUCAUUCACAUCAUCAACAAGCAGGACCCAAACUGGUGGCAGGGCAGAGUGGAGAGCAGUGCUGCAGACUUUGCUGGCCUCAUACCCUCUCCAGAGCUACAAGAAUGGAGGGAAGCAAGCAAAAGUAAAGCAAAAGAAGGAACACCGACUUGCAGCCCAUUUGGGAAGAAAAAGAAAUGCAAAGACAAGUACCUGGCUAAACACAGCUCUGUUUUUGACCAAUUAGAUGUGAUUUCAUAUGAAGAGGUUGUGCGACUUCCAGCUUUCAAUAGAAAAACAUUAGUGCUGAUUGGUGCACCAGGAGUUGGAAGACGCAAUAUCAAAAAUGCAUUACUGACCAAAUACCCUGACAAAUUUUCCUAUCCUGCCCCACAUACAACAAGACCCCAGAGGAUGGAUGAGGAGAAUGGAAAGGAAUACUUCUUCAUCCCAACCGAGAGAGAAAUGACCAAAUGCAUUACUGGAAAUGAGUUCCUUGAAUAUGGAAGCUUCCAGGGAAAUAUGUUUGGAACAAAAUUUGAGACCAUCUAUAAAAUCCAUGAACAAGGGAAAAUUGCAGUGCUUGAUAUUGAGCCACAGACCUUGAAGAUUGUGCGGACAGCAGACUUUGCUCCUCUAGUGGUGUUUAUCGCUCCCACCACGACUGCUGCCCAGGCGGAAUCCCUGCAGAUGAUCCAGAAGGAGUCAGAUGCCAUUUUGUCCACAUACAGACACUUUUUUGAUGUGAUUUUGGUCAACAAUGAUGUGGAUGAAAGUGUGAAAGGUGUGGAGGAGGCUAUAGAAAGUGCGUGCUCCACCCCUCAGUGGGUCCCAGUGUCAUGGGUGUACUGAUGAUGUCCAAAAGGUCCUAUGCCUUUUAGUAGUGUAAAUGCAAUAUGAAUUCUAAAUAUCUCAGUUAGUAAUUCCCCAGGUGUGGGCAGUCACUUUGGGUAAGCCUAAUUUUUAUUGGGAAACUUUGCACAAAGUAUCUAGUGUAUGUGAUAUCUGAAGAAAGCAAUAUGCUGAGUGUUUGUUUUGCAAAAAAUAAAAGCUUUAUCAGGGAAUGCUCAGUAGGGGUGUUUACAUACAUCCGUUGAAUACUUUUAUUGCAAUGUGGGAAAAUACAAAACUUUACCACAACAGAAUCCUUUCCUUUAGGAUUUGUUUGGACUUCAUCCUUCAUUUUGUGCAUCAUUCAAGUAUUUUUUUUGUUUUUUUUUUGUUUUCCAUGAAGUUUCAAAACUGUAUGCUCAUGUAUGUAACACCAGUGAAAUAUUCUGUAUCAUGUUCACAAACGCUUUCAAUCACUGACCAGUGAUCACAGCUGUGUCAUUGUCAAAAUGGUAUACCUCACGGGAUACUGUAAGCGCACUUUGGAAAAGAAAACAUAAAUAAAGUUUCUUUUAUGUUCAGC